AUGGCGGUUCUCCAUCAACUAGUUUUGGUUCUGUUAAUCGCAGUCACCGUCUCAUCAAAAACGUCUAAAGAGACUAAUAAGACUGAGCUUGCACAAUACAUAGCUGAUAAGAGAGAAACCAUCAACCAACGCUACAAGCUUCUCUACCACGUCACUCCACCAGUGGGGUGGAUGAACGACCCAAAUGGAUUCUCUUUCUACAAAGGCGAAUAUCACCUCUUCUACCAGUUUUACCCUUACGACAGCGUGUGGGGGGCGAUGCACUGGGGCCACUCAUCAAGCCCUAACCUGGUCGACUGGAAGGAGCAACCGACCGCUUUGAUUCCAGGAAUAGAACAAUGCUUCUCAGGCAGUGGCGUGGUCGACGGAGAUCAGCUUGUGCUCAUGUACACAGGCCACGAAAAAAUAAACGAAUCCAUCUACAAUGAAACCCAAUACUUGGCUUUCAGCACUGAUGGUGUCAAUUUCGAAAAAUAUGAAGGGAACCCAGUCCUCACAACAAGUGAAUCUCCAGACUUUCGUGAUCCUAAAGUGUGGAAGCAUGAAGAUCAUUGGUACGUAGUUCUUGGGAGUAAGACUGACGAUUUGCAAAGAGGAAGGGUACUCCUUUACCGAUCAACGGACUUGAAGAACUGGGAAUUUUUGUCAGUUAUCGGGGAAUCAAACGGCACUUUGGGUUACAUGUGGGAAUGUCCAGACUUUUUCGAGCUAGACGGGAAAUAUAUUUUACUUAUGUCACCACAGGGAAUGGAACCUCAGGGUGAUAGAUACAAGAAUACCUUCCAAACAGGCUACAUCAUAGGCAGUUUUAACUAUACUACUUUUGAAUUUGUGCCUGAAGUUGAAUUUCAGGAGAUAGAUUUUGGCCAUGACUUUUACGCGGCGCAAACUAUAGAUAAUGGUGGUAAAAGAUACAUGGUUGGAUGGUUCGGAAUGUGGGAAGUUCCACAUCCAGAAGCCGUUGAUGGUUGGGCUGGUGCUAUGACAAUUAUUAGGGAGCUGAAACUCGUUGGAGAUAAAAUUAUUCAGAUACCAGUCGAAGCAAUGGUGACGUUGAGAGAACAAGGAACUACAACGUCAUGGGCACCUAAUGCGACAAUAGAAUUUCAGAAAACAGGUGAGAUUAUAGUUAAUGGAACUUUGAACCAAACUAUUGAACUGCUCAUCGAAGGGAAAGAUGGUGGUGAAAAAGCUUGGUUGACCUGGGACCCUGUAGUUGGGAAAGUGAUUGUGGACCGAGGUUCCAAAUCCAAUGAUACUCGUCAAGUGGAAUGGGCUCCGAUAAGUUCCCAUUCCUGGAGGAUCUUCCUGGAUGCCAGUUCCUUGGAAUUGUUCUGUGGUGAAGGUGAAGUGGUGUUCAGCAGUCGGGUGUACCCUGAUGGCGAUUGGAAAAUGACAAACUUGAGUCCACACACGUUGGAAAUUGAAACUUAUCAUUUAAAGAAAAGUAUCACGGGAUUGUCGACUGGGGCGGGUAGUAGAGUUUUGAGCGGCUAUGUGAGUUCAAUCUGCUUACUAUUUUUAAUUAAUUUACUUAAUUUCAUGGCAUUAUUACACCAGCUUGUGGUAUCUUUUUAUGUGAUAGCAGCAGUGACGUCAAAGUCGUUUCGUCAACAUGACUCAGUUCUAGAAGUUGAAGAGUACAUAGCCAAUAAGAAAGCAGACAUCAAUCCUCGGUACAGACUUCACUACCAUGUCUCUCCACCAGUUGGAUGGAUGAACGAUCCUAAUGGCUUCUCUUUCUACAAAGGCGAAUACCACCUCUUCUACCAGUUUUACCCAUACGACAGUGUGUGGGGACCAAUGCACUGGGGACACGUAUCUAGCCCCAAUCUGGUCGAGUGGCAACAACUACCUACGGCUCUGAUCCCAGAACAAGAAAUGUGCUUCUCAGGCAGCGGGGUGGUUGACGGAGGCCAGCUAGUGCUUAUGUACACCGGUCGUAUAAACCUAGACGUUGAGCCCUUUUACAACGAAACCCAAUAUUUGGCUUACAGCGACGAUGGUGUUAACUUCCAGAAAUAUGAAGGGAACCCAGUGCUCCCGGCAGCGCCGAAUGGAUCUCCAGAUUUCCGCGACCCAAAAGUGUGGAAGUAUGAAGACCACUGGUAUGUUGUGAUUGGCAGCAAGACUGAUGAUGAAAGGGGAAGAGUUCUUCUCUAUAGAUCACCAGAUUUAAAGACUUGGGAGUUUCUAUCAAUCAUCGGAGAAUCGCAGGGUGACAUGGGUUACAUGUGGGAGUGCCCAGACUUCUUCGAACUAGACGGAAAAUUCAUUCUCCUCAUGUCCCCCCAAGGAAUAGAACCUCAAGGGGAUCGGUACAAAAAUACCCAUCAAACUGGUUACAUAAUCGGCAGCUUCAACUACGAGACGUUUGAGUUCGUACCAGAGGUUGAAUUCCAAGAAAUUGAUUUUGGACACGACUUUUACGCUACACAAUCAAUGGAAAAGGACGGGAAAAGGUAUGUUAUUGGAUGGUUCGGUAUGUGGGAUGUUCCUUUCCCUGAAGAUGUAGACGGCUGGGCUGGUACAAUGACUAUUGUCAGGGAACUGAAUCUAGUAGGAGAUCGUGUGAUAAUGAAGCCAAUUGACGAGAUGGUGAUUUUGAGAGAACAGAAUCUAAUUACUGGAGCAUUGGAACCUAAUUCUGUCGUAGAAUUUGAGAAGACAGGUGAAAUUAUCGUGAAUGGAGAUUUGAGUGAGAACAUUGAAUUGUUGAUUGAGGGCAGCAACGGUGGUGGAAAGGCUUGGGUAAGAUGGGAUGCUGGAGAGGGCAAAGUAAUCGUGGAUAGAGGAUCUAAUGACGUGCGCCAGGUGGAAUGGGAACCUAUUAAAUCUCACUCUUGGAGAAUUUUCUUGGAUGCUAGUUCUCUGGAGUUGUUCUGUGGUGAAGGUGAAGUGGUGUUCAGCAGUCGGGUGUACCCUGACGGCGAUUGGAGGGUGACCAACCUGAGCCCACAGACUUUAGAUAUUGAAGCUUACCAUUUGAGGAGAAGUGUUCCUGAAUAAGUUAUACUGAUAAGAUUUAAGAUAAUAAAUACUUAAAUGUAAA